CCAGGACCAAGAAUUUCAGGAAGGCUUUGAUGGUGGCUGGUGCCUCUCUAUGCAUUAGCCCUGGGCUUCUCUGCUUGUCAGAGGGAUCAAAAGGGUGGAGGGCAGAAGUUGGUACAUUUCCUCACAGAGGGCGUCUUUGGAUAGCAGUCACAGCCAAAAGACCUUCCCCUCAAGAACUCUCAGAACUCCAGACUACAUAUUGUCUUCUUCGUGGGAGAGACAUGGAAUUUCCCAACGACUAUCCAUCAGGUUGUCUUCUGGGCUGUAUGGACCUCAUUGACUGCUUGUCCCAGAAGCAGUUUAAGGAACAGUAUCCAGACAUGAGUCAAGAAUCUUAUUCUCCAUUUGUUUUCAUCUGCACAAAUCCCCAGGAAAUGAUUGUGAAGUUUCCUAUUAAAGGAAAUCCAAAAAUCUGGAAACUGGAUUCCAAGAUCCAUCAAGGAGCAAAGAGGGGGUUAAUGAAGCAGAAUAAAGCUGUCUGACCCAGGGGAAAAGGAGCUAUAC